AACUGAAUUGGGGUAUAAUUAUAUGUUAUCAGUGAGAUAAGUGAGUAUCGUGAUUUGUGAGCAUGUUCUUUUCUUCAAGACUGGUUAAGUUUAUAAGCGCACCAUUAAGUAUGAGUUGUACUAGAGCUUCAGCUCGUUUAAAUCUUACUUACCAACAUUUAAGUGCCAGUAGUUACACCACCACCACCACCAAUACAAUUGAUAGUAUAGGUAAUAUUAAUCAAGGUACUAAAUAUACAUCUGAUUUUAAGAAUUAUGCUAUUAAUAAACUGACAGGUAAAGUAUUAUCAUACUUUCAUGAUAUACCAUUAGAUUUAAAUAUUGAAACUAGAGAAGCUAAUAUGAUUGUAGAAGUACCUCGAUGGUCGAAUGCAAAAUUUGAAAUUAGUACUAAAUUAGAUGGUAAUCCAAUAGUUCAAGAUAUUAAGAAUGGACAAGUAAGAUUUGUUAAGAAUUUAUUUCCUCAUCAUGGAUAUAUUCAUAAUUAUGGAGCAUUUCCACAAACAUGGGAAGAUCCUACUACAGAAAAUGAAAAAUUAGGACUUUUCGGUGAUAAUGAUCCAUUAGAUGUUUGUGAAAUUGGUUCAGCGAUUUUACCUACUGGUACAAUUAAGAGAGUUAAAAUUUUAGGUUCAUUAGCAUUAAUUGAUGAUGGAGAAUUAGAUUGGAAAGUAAUUGUUGUAGAUACUCAAGAUCCUUUAGCAAAAGAAGUCUAUGAUAUUCAUCAUUUAUUUACAAAAUGUCCAGGAUUAUUAGAAACAACAAGACAUUGGUUUAGAGAUUAUAAGUUAGCAGAUGGUAAACCCCAAAAUGAAUUUGCAUUUAAUGGUGAAUAUAAAAAUCUGAAACAAACUCUUGAAAUUAUUCAAGAAUGUAAUCAAAGUUGGAAGAGGUUAAUUGCUGGUAAAGUUAAAGUUAGUGAUAAUAAGAAUAUUCCUACUAUAGCUAAUGUUACAUUAAGUACUACUCCACAGUAUAGGGGGACAUUUGAUGAUUCAUUACUUAAUAAUCCCAGUAGACCAGAUGCAGUAAUUCCUCCACUUGUACAUAAGAAUUACUUCAUCUCUACCGAUUGAAGUUAGAAUUUAUUUAUUAUUAAUGUGU